AUGCCAGUGGAAAACUUGACACAGCAACCGCUGGAGAAUGGAUCCAGUGUCUCAGUAUUUACACUCUCCGGUCUGGAUGACACAAUGGAGAACAGAUAUGUGUUGUUUUCUUUAACUGUACUGUUUUAUCCACUAAUGGUGUUUUGUAAUGUCACUGUAAUUAUCGCUAUAAUCUCCCAUAAGAAGCUUCACGAGCCAAUGUAUGUGUUUAUAUGCAAUUUGUGUGUUAAUGCACUUUUUGGCACUGCUGGCUUCUACCCUAAAUUCUUAUUUGACUUAUUAGCUCAUGAUCAUGUGAUUUCUUAUGCUGGAUGUAUGAUACAGAUAUUUGUUAUUUACUCGUAUGCCUUGUGUGACGUUUCAACACUAACAGUGAUGGCUUAUGAUAGGUAUGUGGCAAUAUGUAGACCACUGGAGUAUCAUUCAAUAAUGACCAGUCAAAGGGUUGUUGAAUGGAUCCUUUUCUGUUGGUUGGCUCCCUUAUUGUGCAUGUCUUUGCUAAUUGUAUUAUUAUCUAGACUCAUUUUAUGUGGCUCCACUAUUGAAAAGUUAUACUGUGAGAUUUGGGCUGUGGCAAAACUUUCAUGUUUCUCUAACACGGUAAAUAAUGUGUUUGGCCUCACUGUGAUUCUGGUAUACUUUGGACAUGGUGUAUUGAUAUAUUGCUCGUAUUUUCAGUUGAUCAGAAAGUGUAUGAAGUCAACAGAGGGUAGGCAUAAAUUCAUGCAAACGUGUGUGCCGCAUCUGCUUUCGCUGGUCAAUGUUACUGUUGCUUUGUUGUUUGAUGUGUUGUACAGUCGUUAUGGGUCAAAGAAUGUACCACAUAGUGUGCGCAAUUUCAUGGCGCUUGAAUUCCUACUCAUACCACCCAUUUUAAAUCCCCUUAUUUAUGGGUUGAAUUUAACAAUAGUCCGCAAGCAAGUUAUUAAACUGUUUCUUAAAAAUAAAGUAGGAAUAUAA